AUGGCAAAACUGAAGUAUCUCACAGGAGCAACUUUCGUUCUAAAAUGUGUAGUUAUGUACCCAAUUGACUCCGACAAUUCAAAAAUAAAAAAAGUCUUGUAUGCAAUUUGGGUAUUUCUUUUUUUUUCAAGUUUUGUAACUGCAUUUCUUCAAUGUCUUGUUUUUGUUUGCGUAACUCCUUUUGAUUUGGUCAAAGAAGCUAUGAUUUUGAUGCGUUUAGUUUUUUAUAAAAAUUGGCCAAAUAUGACCGCGAUUAUCACAAAAAUCAAUACAAAUUUUCACGAAGUCACUGAUAAUAUAAUUGAAAGAAUUUCAAUGGAUGAAGCGAGUGAAUUUUCUGACAAAGUAGCAUAUGUAUGGACUUCAUGUAUGUUCGUUUGUUCUGUAGUGCCGGUACUUCUAGCCUUAGCUAGUGGAAAUUUGGAAAUGCCGUUACCAGCUUGGUUUCCAUACGAUUACAACAAAUCUCCAAUUUUUGAAAUAACAUAUAUUUGGCAAGUUUUCUGUUAUAUAACUUUGGCAGUUAUGUAUGGUACAUCCGAUAUAUUUUUUUAUUGCAUUACAAUAGUAAUUGGACAACAGUUUAAAAUCUUGGCAAGUAAUUUUAAAAAUAAUUUCUACACGACGCUCAUAAAAUUAGGAGUAGAUGAAUCCACCGUUAGGAACUUCAUAGAGGAUAUUAAAACGCAAGACUUGCAGUCAUUUUACAUUAAAUAUAGCAACAUUUUCAAAAUUCUAAACAACGCAAAGUUUCACACCAUGAAUCUGGAAUAUCUGAAACGAAACAUAAAACAUCACAACAUUUUGUUGAAAUACUGCAAAGAUUUAAACAAAGCAUUAAACUUAUUUUUAUUAAUUCGAGUUUCAGCAAACGUCUCCAAUUUAAUUUUCAUCGGUUUUAAUUUAAUAAUUGCGACUGAUAUAACCGUAAUUUUAGGUUUUUUCAAUUACUAUUUCUUCGCAAGUCUUGAAUUGUUUACACAUAUUUACAGUGGCCAACUGUUGGCGGAGAAAACUGAUUUUCUGUGGAUUUUAUACGAGUGCCCUUGGUAUUUUUGCGAUGUUACUUUUCAAAAAAUGAUGAUUCUUGUUCAGAUGAGAAUAAAAAAAGCGUUUGUGACCAAAGCUGGAAAUUUUUUUACGCUGCUUGCACCGACUUUCAUUGUUUUUCAAAGAGUUGUGUUCUCGUAUAUUAUCGUACUGAGAGAACUGUCUCAAGAAGAAAACAAUUAAUCAUAAAAAAGCGACUCAAAUUAUAAAAAUUGAUAUGAC